AUGGUCGAGCGUCCCCACCGAGCCAACGCGGUGGGCGGGGAUACGGGAGGCGUCACGGUGAUCGGUCAUGUCAGCGUCGAGUCGGCUUGGGCGCCGAGGCAUGUCGCGGUGCACCCUUCGUCAAAGUACCUCUACGCGACGAUGCAGACGCCGAGCCUGCUGGUGUCGUACGAGCUGGAUGGGGACACGGGCUUGGCUGGGGAGGAGGUGUUCCGGUCGUCGCUGAUCCCCGAGGCCAGCUCGUCAACGUGGUGGGCGGCCGACCUGGCGGUCUCGGCCAGCGGGCGGUACCUCUGGGCAUCUGCGCGUUCCAUGUCGACGGAGUACCCGGGCCACAUCUCGGCAUAUCUCCUGGCCGACGACGGGGCCAUUAUUGAGCACAUGUUCCAGGCGCCCACGUCUACCGACGGUGCCGAGGGGAACGUUGUCGCGCCGGCUCCGUGGUCGGACGAGCACAUGGCGGCGACCUACUAUGGGUCGCAUGUCGUCACGUGA